UUACGACAAAAAAAAGGAGAAAAAAAAUGGCCAGCACACAUUCAAAGGUUCUGAUAAUCGGCGGUGGCAUCGCAGGCUGUGUUGCAGCAUGCCUGCUAAAGCAAAAGGGCUACGAUCCCAUCGUCUUUGAAAGGGCCCCAACCCAAGGCGAUGUGGGCGCAUCGCUGUUGAUCUGCCCAAACGGGUUAAAGGUGUUGGCCAAGAUGGGCGGAGGGGUGGUAGAAAAGCUCCGAGCGAAUGCGCCAAGGCUCGCAGAGCUCUGCGAUCGCACGGCAGCGGGAGAGAUUCUCGGGGAGGCGUCAGACGUUCCCGAAGAGUUCGAGAGCCGGUAUGGAUAUCCUGCUAUUGGCGUCAAGAGGACGCUGUUUGCCAAGUGGGUUGUCGAUGCUGCGGUUGGGCAAGGUAUCGAGGUACGAUCUGGCUGGGCACUGGAGAGGUUCGAACAAGACGACACUUCUGUGACGGCCUUCUUCAACCAAGGCCGAUCCGAAAAGGGCGAGUUUCUCAUUGGCUGCGAUGGUCUCAAAUCAAAGACGAGGAGAUGGCUCCUGGCCAGCAAAGGCCUAGAGGAUGGCCAACCCAGCUAUACAGGUCUGGCUCAGACUGGAGGUAUUUCACCCACACCGGUCCAGUUCCUCAGCAAGCCAGGGCUACGCAACUGGUACGGUGUCGGCCUUCAUCUGGUCUGCUACCCCAUCACGGCAGAGCACACCUCCUGGGCCCUUACUCGCAACGAAUCGGCAGCCGAAGAGGCGUCGUGGGGCUUGUUUGACGAUGAGCGUAGAGAGCGGACCAAAGUGGAGCUGGAGAAGAACCUACGCGACCUCUCCUGGGACCCUGUCGUGGCCGAAAUGGUUGGCAACGCACAGCGAUUGAUCAAAUAUGGAAUAUACGACCGGCCAGAGCUCAAGCCCAGCGACUGGUACUUGGGCCGGUGCGUAUUGAUGGGCGAUGCGGUGCACCCUACCGCCGUCCACCUGGGUCAGGGUGCAAACCAGGCUUGCGAGGACUGUUUCUACCUGACGGCCGAGCUGCCAGACUGCGACCCAGCAACUGUGAUCCCGACCGAAGAGUUGACGCGGGUUUUUGCCAAGUACGCAGAGAUACGACAGCCACGUACAUCCGUUUUGGUAGAAGGGGCACGGAGGCAGGGGGAAAUCAGGGUUUCGCCGCCCGAAAAAUGCGCCGAGCGAGACGCGCUGAUUGCGAAAGUUAUGACUGACCGCGCCGGGCUCGAGGCGACAUUUGACUUUCGCUUCAUCCUGCCAGUUUGAUGGAAAGCCAGCGACAAUCAGUAUUGGAUUAGUUGGUCUUUUAGACAACCCUACCCAAGGUAAUUUUUAAAUUUAAAAUCCA